GAGCAGCAGGCAGGGAGGGAAGCAGGCAGAGCAGAGGCGCCGGUGGGUGCCCAUCGAGCCGCCGCGUCCCCGCCCCGCGGCCCCGCAGCGCCGCUGCCAUUGGCGCCGGUCGGGCCGGCCCCGCUCCCCCGCGGCCUCCCGGGGCUCCAGCGCUGCCGGCCCCGUUCCCCAGAGCUCGCAGGGCUCCCAGCCCCGUUCCCAGCGCUCCCAGCCCCGUUCCCAGCGCUCCCGGCCCCGCUCCCGCUGUCGCUGUGCCCGGGCGGCGCCUCCACCGCGGGCACGCCUCGCUCGCUCUCUGCUGCCGGCAUCGCAAACUUCGGGCUCGUCCAUGCGCUCGCAGCCGGGAUUCCAAUCGCCAGCCCUCCCCUUCUCCUAGAUAGGCGGCGAGUGUUUUUUUAUCCUGUGGAUCGGAGAACUUUCUGCGUGGAGAUGGACUGACUUCGGCGUGCCCCGUUUCGGGGAAAGGGGGGGAAAGGAUUUCUUUUCGUCGCGGCUCAUUUUUGUUUUCUGGAUCACAGGAUUUUUUUGGAGCUAUAUGGAGGGAUCUCAGGAUGGUGUGCACCAGGAAAACCAAAACUUUAGUGUCCACUUGCGUGAUUUUGAGUGGAAUGACUAACAUCGUCUGCCUGCUGUACGUGGGCUGGGUCACCAACUACAUUGCCAGUGUUUAUGUGAAAGUGCAGGAGCCGAUCUCGGAAAAAAAGUUAGAGGAAGACAAAGGGGACACUUUAAGGAUUAUAGAAAGGCUGGACCAUUUGGAGAAUGUCAUCAAGCAGCACAUCCAAGAAGCUCCACCCAAGCCGGAGGAGAACCCCGCGGAAGCGUUCACGGACUCGUCGCUGUUUGCGCACUGGGGGCAGGAGCUGAGCCCCGAGCAGCGGCGGCUGGCGCUGAAGCAGUUCCAGUACUACGGCUACAACGCCUACCUGAGCGACCGCCUGCCGCUGGAGCGGGCCCUGCCCGACCUGCGGCCCAGCGCGUGCAGAAACCUGACGUUCCCAGAGAGCCUUCCCGAGGUCAGCAUCGUGUUCAUAUUCGUCAACGAGGCGCUCUCGGUGAUCCUGCGCUCCAUCCACUCGGCCAUGGCCCGCACUCCUGCUCACCUGCUCAAGGAGAUCAUCCUGGUGGAUGAUAACAGCAACAAUGAGGAGCUGAAGGAGAAGCUGCAGCAGUACGUGGAUGAAGUGAAUGCCCACAAGCCUGGUUUCAUCAAGGUGGUGCGGCACAGCCGGCAGGAGGGGCUGAUCCGCUCGCGGGUCAGCGGCUGGAGAGCGGCGUCGGCGCCCGUGGUCGCGCUCUUCGACGCGCACGUGGAGUUCAGCGUGGGCUGGGCUGAACCAGUGCUCACCAGGAUAAAAGAAAACAGAAAAAGAGUCAUUUCUCCAUCAUUUGAUAACAUUAAGUAUGAUAAUUUUGAAAUAGAGGAGUAUCCUCUCUCAGCACAGGGCUUUGACUGGGAGCUGUGGUGCCGCUAUCUGAACCCUCCUAAGUCCUGGUGGAAACUGGAGAACACAACUGCUCCAAUAAGAAGUCCUGCAUUGAUUGGAUGCUUCAUAGUAGAUAGAGAAUACUUCCAAGAGAUUGGAUUACUGGAUGAAGGCAUGGAAGUAUAUGGAGGAGAGAAUGUGGAGCUUGGAAUCAGGGUGUGGCAGUGUGGAGGGAGCGUGGAGGUGCUGCCCUGCUCCAGGAUUGCCCACAUUGAGAGAGCCCACAAGCCCUACACCGAGGACCUGACCGCCCACGUGCGCAGGAAUGCGCUGCGCGUGGCCGAGGUCUGGAUGGACGAGUUCAAGAGCCACGUCUACAUGGCCUGGAACAUACCCCAGGAGGACUCGGGAAUUGACAUUGGGGAUAUUUCAGAGAGGAAGGCCCUGAGGAAGAAGCUCCAGUGCAAGACCUUCAGGUGGUACCUGGUCAGCGUGUACCCAGAAAUGAGGAUGUACUCAGACACCGUCGCCUACGGCGUGCUGCAGAAUUCCCUGAAAAGUGAUUUGUGCCUUGAUCAAGGGCCAGACACAGAGAAUAUCCCAAUCAUGUACAUCUGCCAUGGAAUGACACCACAGAAUGUUUAUUACACAAGCAGUCAGCAGCUGCACGUGGGUGUUCUGAGCCCCACGAUCGACGAUGAUGACAACAGAUGCCUGGUGGAUGUGAACAGCAGGCCCAGGCUCAUUGAAUGCAAUUAUGCCAAAGCCAAGAGAAUGAAGCUUUACUGGCAAUUUACUCAGGGAGGUCCUAUCCAGAACAGAAAAUCCAAGCGCUGCCUGGAGCUGCAGGAAAACAACGAGAACGAGUUUGGGUUUCAGCUGGUCCUUCAGAAGUGCUCUGGGCAGCGUUGGUCCAUCACAAAUGUGCUGAGGAGCUUGCCAUCAUAGCAGACUGCAUUUUGUACCAUGUCUUUUGCUACCGUGUAGCAAGUACUGCAUUGUCACCUGCUGUACUGUAUUCCCCCCUCUCCCCCUCCCCCAGCUCCUCUCCCCGUUUUUGUCCCUGAUUUGAUUUUGUGAGUGUGUGGAAAUAGGGUUUGUGGGCUGGAAAUAAGUGGUUUUUAUUUCACAAUGAUGUUUUCACAACGUUUAUAGAGAUGCUGAAUGACAGGUGACGGGUAGCCUAUCCUAAAAUAUUUUACAACUGUAAAUAGGAAGCAAAUGGAGAAUAUUUAUAACUCAAACUUUUAUUGAAUAAAAAAGUUCAAACUCUA